UGCAUCCGUGAUUAGUCUGACCACCAUCCAGAGUUGACAACACACAAAAAUAAAAAUGUCGCGUGGACCAACAAACUUUGACAUAUGUAAAUCCUAUCGCUGUCAAACAUGUGUCGUCAUCAUCCACCCACUUGCACUGGAAGUACUGAUUAAUAAACAAUGAAACUAUAGGCCUUCGGAAAAUGGUGAGUGAGAUUCCUCCUGAUCUGCCCAACAAACUAACUUUCCUGAAACCAUAAUCGUAAAAAUGAGAAGUCCAGCCUGCGGUUAUGCUGGGUUGGACGUUGCAUGUGGUUCGAUUAGAUAAAUUGCAAUUACAUUUGCUUGACAGCUAAUGCGCUUCUAAUAUUACGACAAAAAUGUGAUUAUCGCACGACGCAGCUAAACCUAUGCAUGUAUAAAUAUGAGAGGGAAUUAAAGAUGCUUUAUACUUAUUACUUAGUAGCGAAUGAGUCAUAUUUAUUGUUCUAUGAACAUAUAAGACAAGUAUCAUUUCACACUAACCACUACUACCUCAAAAUUUGUUGUAAAUACUUAAAUUUAAUUAUGGCUACUCCAAAUAUUUGCUACGGGGUCAAAUUUCCAUUGGCUCUUCGAGAGAGCAAUACAAUCUGGGUGACAAAAUAAUCAGCCUUUAAGUUUCCGUCUUUAUCGAAUGAGGCGAUACAUACAUAUAUUGAACUGGACAUGCUAUAAUGCAGUCAAAACCGCAUUAAAUUCCUAUUAAGCAACCCAUUUUCGAUCCUGGAUUCUUAAGUAUAAUCUCAUAACAACAGACACAGGAUGGUUGGUGCACACAACGUACAUAUAUGGCCAUUUGCAUUUACCUUUAACUGAGAAAAUUGUAGAAAUCAAACGAAAUUCAGAUCGAUUGUGAUAUUAUGUUAGGUGACAUAAUAAUAAGAACAAUAUUAGUCUAUUAAUGAUCAUGCCGUAGACAAUGCUUGAUUUGCAUUUAAAAAUUCAUGGUAACUUAUAGUCUGCAAAUUCACAUAUUCUGAUUCGUAAGAGACACGAAGACGAUACUAGUAAUGGUUACCAUUCAAUUAGAUUUAUUACCUGGAUUAAUCAAUGUCACAAAACUCUAACACGGAACCCCCCAAAGGAAUAUUGAAACGAAAAAACCCCGUAGUAUCACCUCCCCCAGUGACAACACCAUCUCCAAAACCUGGCAGUCCUUCUCCUCUACAACGUCGACCGGGACAAGGACAAGCCCGUUUCGAUGAAAUGAACAUAAUUGAAACCCUGCACCCUGUCGACAAGGACUAUGGUUUCGAUACAAUUGAUGAAGUGAAGACGCCAUUUCACGAGUAUCAGGAGCCAGAGGACGACUCUUUGCCGAAACAGUCCAGCCUAGAGAUUAGCCGAGGAGUCUCCAAUUCUGCACCAGUCGACGCCGCCCUUCUGUCGAAACUACUCACGGAGAAAGGUGGUCAGCCCCCCAAGACGACGACAAACCGAGGUGGAGAGGGUAGUGGAAAGGGCGAGGCCGAAAAAAAGGAGUUUGAAGCCCAGAGGAAAUCUCACUACGAUGAGUUUCAAACGGUGAAAAAGUCUCAAAUCUCCUCGCCCGACAAGAAGACUACUUCGAAAGAUGGGAGGAAGUAAAAUUUUGGAUAAGACACCCCCCUCACAUACACGACCAAAGAUCAAUUAUAAAGUUGGAAAAAAAUCUUUAGCUAAUUCAUAUGGACAUCUUUCUCAUCUGAGGCAGAGUGAGACAAAAGUCUCAAAAGGUUGAUAAAACAUACUGCAAGCGACCCUGGUACAUUUCAUCUUGCCAUUUAACAAAUAAAAGAAGUAUGACUCUGGAAAUGAUAAUACAAAUACAAAACAAUGAACAGUGAAAAUUUUCACCAA